ACAAGCCAUGUCAUUAAAAUAUAAACAAGAACCAGCGAAUACUAUCGAAAAAGUAUAUAUUAUAAUAAAAUAACUAUACAGUAUAAAAUACCUCCAACAGGUUUACAGUGAUGUCUUACAGAGAUAUACGGAAUUUCAGCGAAGAGAUGCGUUCCCUCGGCUUCCCGCAUCCCAUCUCGCUGGAGUCGUUCCGUACUCCCAACUUCCCUCUAGUGGAGGCGGCGCUGCGCUGGCUCGCCUGCAGCCUGGAGCCCGAGGCGGCGCUGGCUGGUGGAGGCGGGUCUAUGGAGGAGCGAGUCGCGUUGGUCACUCACGCUGUGGCCUUCUUUUUAUCCCGCGCCAAUGUAAAACUGAACGGUCGUCGCAUCUACGGGGCCGAGGGAUGGGCGGCGCGAGAACUCAUGAAAGUUUCAGGUCUGCUGAAAGCGGCGGUGGCGGCGCCCGCGCAGCACGGCCCGCCCGACCACCUGCCCAGCUAUGACGUCAGCAGCAGGCUGGGUGAGAUCAAGCAGGCGCGGCAGCUGGCCACGGAGCUGACGGCGCGCGGGGCCGCGCUGCACGACCUGCUGGGGAAGGAGCCCGAGCACCGGGAAGCCCGCGACCGCGCGCUCUCCCGCCCGCUAGACCUCUCCUCCAUGGAGACAUCUCUCCGCCUCGCUCUAGAGGCGGUGACGUCACGAGUCGCCUCCACUCGGGAGCAGCUGGCGGCGGCGGGCGGCGGCGGCGGCGCGCUGGACGCGAAGAUAGAGCGGAGGCGGGGCGAGUUGCAGCGGGCGGAGCAGCGGUUGAGGACUGUGCAUAGUAUCAAGCCAGCUUACCAGGGCGAGCUGGUGGCGGUGGAGAGCGAGAUCGCCGAGCUGUGGGAGCAGUACGUGCUGCGCUACCGCUGCGUGGAGGCGCUCAAGCACCAGCUCAGCGUGCUCGAGAACGCACAGGCGGAGGCGGCGGAGGAGCAGCAGGCGGCCAUCAUGCAGCUCAUACACAAGUACGAGGCCGAGGACGUGCUCGGCAAGCUCAGCGACUCCGAUGAGAUGUACUCUAGCGACGAGACGAAGGCCCCGAGCGCGGCGCCGCGCCCCGCCACCCGGCCCAAGACACGGCUCCGGAUCAAGACUGCAGGAGUCCCGGCGGCGGAGGCGCGCCGUGCGUUCGGCAGCAUGGCGGCGGCGGCGCGCGACUCGCUGGACGACAUCCGCGACGAGGACAGCCUGUCCGACGACGAGCCGUCCGACACGCUGCACGGUGGUCGCGAAGACACGGCGUCCCGCUGGACGCGCGCGGGCCGCCGCCCCCCGCGCCCCGCCACCCGCACCAUCCCCAUAGACGACGACGAUGAGGACAUUCUAGAAGGCAUGGAGGCGGGCUCAGCGGGCGACUCGCUGGGCAGCUCGUCGGAGAGCGAGCUGCGCGUGGGCAGCGCCGCGCGCCGGCCCAGCGCCGCGCCGGGCCGCGCCUCCGCGCUCAGCGAUAAUGAGUUCUAGUGGACAGGGGAUAGAGGUGGGGUUUCAGGGUCUGGUGGGCGAG